AUGGCGGCCUCAUGGCGCGCCGUGCUGUGCCUGAUCUUCCUAGCCAUAGUGAACAUAGCAGCGGCGAAAAUUGAGAUCGUUGCGCUGUCCGCCUCUGUGGCCGGGUCCGAUGGGAGCUCGUCGCAGAAGCGCGACCUCCUGAAGUCGAGCAAGCCCCUCGUGCUGUCGCACUCGGAGAAGCUCACCCUGGAGGUCGCGGCCAAGGUGGACGGGCGCUCGCUGGCGCUGCAGCAGGCCGUGGCCGCGCUGCGGCACGCGCGGACCGGCGACACGGCCUACCUGGCGGGCGACAUGACCGACAGGGGCGUCGUGGACAUCGUCGUCACGUCGGAGCGCAUCGCCAGGCAGCUGGGCACGCUCUCCGGGCCCUUUGACAUCACCGUCGUCCUGGGCGACGCGUCGCAGACCGAGGGCGUCGCGCACGCCGCCGGCAGCGUGACGGUGUCGCACCCGACCACCGCGGAGGGCAAGCCGGCACCCCCCCCGACACACCCCUGGGACCCCCUCCCCGAGAUCUUCCACAAGUUCCGCGACCCCGUCAAGCCGGUCUUCCCGCUCGUGCCGCUCGUGUUCUCCGCCGCGAUCGCCGCGCUCCUGGCCGCGCUCGUCCUCGUCGUCCUCCCGGCCAUGGGCAUGAACCUCAAGGCCUUCCCGACGUCACCGCGCGGCGCGGCGCUCGCGCUGGCCUUCCUGGGCUGCGUGGGCGCCGUCGCGGCGCUGUACGCGGCGUUCUGGCUCGGGCUCAUCAACCUCGUCGUCACGCUGCAGUACGCGGGGCUGCUGGCGGGGCCGUGCGUCAUCACAGGGUACCUGCACCUGUCGGACCUCGCGGCCGCGCGCGCCAAGGCGGACUGA